CUCACAUCUUUCGUGGCCACACAAGAAGUUCCACCGAGGACGAUCCUCAGAACUACGGUGCCCACAACGUUGGGCCCAUCGCCAAAGUAAUUGAGGUUGUCUUGCGAUUCCUGCUAGAGGAAUGGUGGGGCGCAGCGGAGACUUCGAGUGGAGGCCUCCAGACGCUUCCAGCGCAAAGCUGGAAACCAGAAAUACAUCGCCCAGGCCUACAUCCAGCCUGGCGCUCCUUGUUCUCGUCUUUCGUGUCUCUCUCUCUUCCUCGCCCCUCCUUCUCCUCCUCCUCUCCUCCUCCUCCUCCUCCCCCUUUUCCGCGUCCCAUUGUCAUGAAUUGUUAUACUCAGCAUAGGUAUGUAUGCUCGUCCUCUUCCAUCAACAGCCAUAGCGGCACAGGGAAUCAGGGGCAGACUGGAGUCGUGCCAGCGAGCGGUGUGCACUCGGGAGGCUGGGCAGCCAUGGGUCGCGUCAUCCGCGGGUCGCGCAAGGGCAAGAGUUUGAUCUUCACGGCCAAGACGCGCCUUCGGAAGGGCGCCGUGAAGCUCCGCUCCGCGGACUAUGCCGAGCGUGCUGGGUACAUCAAGGGUCUUGUCAAGAACAUCAUUCACGACCCUGGCCGCGGCGCCCCCCUGGCAGAGGUCGUCUUCCACGAUCAGUACCGCUACAAGCUGAACAAGGAGCUGAUGGUGGCCGUGGAGGGUCUGCACACUGGCCAAUUCGUCUACUGCGGCGCCAAGGCUCAGCUCGCGGUGGGCAACGUGAUGCCGGUGGGCAAGAUGCCAGAGGGCACCGUUGUCUCCAUGUGCGAGGAGAAGGCGACGGACCGUGGCAGGAUCGCCCGAGCGUCUGGCACGUCUUGUAUGGUGGUGGGGCACUCGGACGACAACCGCAAGACGCGCAUUCGCCUCCCCAGCGGCACGCGGAAGACCAUCCCGUCCACUUGCCGCGCCAUCGUGGGCAUAGUGGCCGGCGGAGGCCGCAUGGACAAGCCAGUGCUGAAGGCUGGCAACAACUUCCACAAGUACCGCGUCAAGCGCAACAGCUGGCCUAAGGUGCGCGGUUGCGCCAUGAACCCUGUGGAGCAUCCUCACGGCGGAGGGAACCACCAGCAUGUCGGGCACCCGACGACCACCAGCCGGAACGCGCCACCGGGUGCCAAGGUCGGCUUGAUCGCGGCGCGCCGCACAGGCCUGCUCAAGGGCGGCAAGGGGAAGAUGAACAAGUGAGCUGCCGAGGCUCGUUGAGGAUGAUGAGGAGGAGG